UGCACAUAGCUUGAAUCACACAAGGAGUACAUUGGAAGCAAUGAUGGACUUACAGGUCAUCAGCUAUGACUCGUAUCCCAUUGCAAAUAAAACAAACCAUCAUACCAAUGCUUAUGACUGCAGUGACCCAAUCUUCAGGCGAGGACAACCAUUCACCAUGACACUGAACUUUAACCGACCUCUGCAGUCAGGAGAAAAUGUCAUAUUAAUCUUUGAAAUUGGUCCUAAUCCAUCAGAGAGCUCCAGAACAAAAGCAGUGAUUCGUCUGUUUGGAGCUAGAAAUCAGAGCUCAUGGAGUGCAGUCUUGUCAUCCAGCAGCUCUAAUAACAUUACUGUGACAAUAAACAGCCCUUCAGAUGCUGUGAUUGGACAAUACAUUAUGAGUUUUGUUGGAAACUCUGGCACACCACAGCCUAUUUGUGGACUAUAUCUCCUCUUUAAUCCUUGGGAUCAAGAGGAUGAUGUAUUUUUAGCCGAUGAAAGUGAGAGACAAGAAUAUGUUCUGAACGAUAAAGGAGUUAUAUUUAUGGGAAGUGAAUAUAGCAUCUUACCUCUGUCCUGGGGCUAUGAUGAGUUUGACAGGAGCGUGCUUGAGAUUUGUCUUGCUAUAAUGGACCGGAGUGUUAACCACCAACAUGACCCAGCUUUGGAUGUUGCCCAAAGGAAUGACCCACUCUAUGUAUGCAGGGUAGUCCAUGGAACGUUGAACAGUAAAGAUGAAAAUGGCGUUCUAGUGGAAAACUGGAGCGGGAUCUAUGAUGAUGGGAUCAGUCCCAGCAGCUGGAAUGGAAGUUCUGUCAUUUUAAAAGAUUGGUACCUUAAGGGUUUUAAGCCUGUGAAAUAUGGACAGUGCUGGGUAUACGGUGGAUUACUCUGCACAGUACUUAGGUGCUUAGGCAUUCCAACAAGGGUCAUCACCAACUUUAACUCUGCCCAUGACAAGAAUGCAAACCUCUUUCUAGAUAUGUUUUAUGACAACCAUGGAACAGCCAAUGUGUCCCAGCAAGAUGCGAUAUGGAAUUUCCAUGUCUGGAAUGAAGCCUGGUUCACCCGUAAGGAUCUCGGCCCUGCCUAUAAUGGUUGGCAGGUUAUGGACUCAACACCGAUGGAGUUAAGUGAAGGAUUAUAUCGCUGUGGCCCUGCACCACUGGUAGCCAUCCGGCAAGGAGACGUUGACCUCAGAUAUGAUGUUGGCUUUAUGUUUGCUUCAGUUAAUGCUGACCUAACACUCUGGAUAACAAGUAGCGAUGGCACUAAGAAGAGAGUCUCUAAUGACACCAAAUACAUUGGCAAAUAUAUCAGCACAAAAGCCGUGGGAAGUGAUGAUCGCGUGGAUGUCACACACAUGUACAAAUACCCAGAAGGGUCCGUCGAGGAACGGGCGAUAGUUGACAAGGCACUUGAGAAAAAAAUGCUGCUUUUCAAAAGAAAAGCUGAACAGAAACCACAAGAAGGAACGGGACUCCAUGGAGGAUUUUCAUUGCUACAGAGACCAACCCUUGGACAAGACAUAGAUAUGAUACUGAGCCUGAAAAACACAACUUCAACAAGUAUCAAAGUGGUUAUGAACAUGACAUCAUCCAGCAUUCUGUAUACCGGGAAACUCAAGCAUGAGAUCUGGGCAGAUGCAAAGGCUCUUCCUCUGACUCCUAAUGAAGAAAAACUCAUAGCCAUCACCCUGACAUAUGCCCAAUACGGGAAAUAUGUAAGCGAAGACAAUGUGAUUCGUAUGAUUGCUCUGUGUGAGGUUGAAGGGACAGAGGAACGAAUUUUAAUGGAAAUGGAUGUGAUUUUUGCAAAGCUUUCAAUAAGUGUCCAGGUUCCACAACAUAUUGUUAUUAACAUUGCAGUCAAUGCAAAUGUUACAAUUACCAACACUUUAGCUGAAACAAUGAACUCUUGCUCGGUGCUGCUUGAAGGAAGUGGACUUCUGAAUGGAGUUCUGCAGGCAGAGCUGCCAGCUUUAAAACCUGGUGAAAAGGCCCAAGUCACUUUUUUACUCAGUCCUUCCAGGAUCGGCAACAGAACAUUGACAGUGACCCUCAAUUCUGACAAGAUAAAAAAUGUCAAAAGGUCCUACCAGGUCUUCGUGGCUGGGGCUCGCUGAUUCCAUAGACCUAACUGACAUUGUUUUACUUAUUCA